AUGCUUCGAUCUCUCUGCACACAAGCUGGAAGGCGACUGAACGCCACCAGUCGGUCCACAUUCGCGGGGAGAAGAUGUCUCCACGCACAAGCUUCGUUUGACUGGAAGGACCCAUUGGGCUCCAACAACUUCUUCACAGAGGAGGAACUGGCCAUUGCUGAAACUGCAGAGUCAUAUUGUCAGGAACGGUUACUUCCUAGAUCGUCAUGUACUGAACCUUUGUUUGCAGAGGCAUACCGUAAGGAAGACUUCGAUAGAAAGAUACUGGAAGAGAUGGGAGAAUUGGGUCUGCUAGGAGCCACCAUCAAGGGAUAUGGCUGUGCGGGCGUGAGCAGCGUUGCAUCCGGUCUUAUCACACGAGCAGUUGAAAGAGUGGAUUCAGGCUACCGGUCCGGCUACUCAGUACAGAGCGCACUUGCCAUGGGCGGCAUAGAAGAGUUUGGAACCGAAGAGCUCAAGGAAAGGCUGCUACCCCAGAUGGCGAAGGGAAAGCUACUGGGUUGCUUCGGCUUGACGGAGCCUAAUCACGGAUCGGAUCCCGGAUCCAUGGAGACGAUCGCUAAACCUCAUCCUACGAAGAAGGGAUACUACUCGCUCUCCGGUGCCAAGACCUGGAUCACGAAUUCUCCAAUCGCCGAAAUCUUGGUUGUUUGGGCGAAGCUGGAGAGCACGGGCAAGAUCCGUGGAUUCGUUGUGGAGCGUGAUCAGUGCCCUCCAGGCACUUUGGAGACGCCUGCUAUCAAGAACAAGAAUGGCCUUCGCGCGUCCAUCACCGGCAUGAUCCAGCUCGAUGAGUGCCCCGUACCCGAAGCCAACAUGUUCCCCGACGUUGAGGGACUCAGGGGCCCCUUCAGCUGUCUGAACUCUGCUCGUUAUGGCAUUGCGUGGGGCACAAUGGGAGCUCUGGAGGACUGCCUUGCUAGGGCUAGGACGUAUGCUUUGGAGAGGAAACAGUUCAAGAACAACCCGCUUGCCAAGUAUCAGCUCGUGCAGAAGAAGCUUGCAGACGCAGCCACGGAUGCGGCGUAUGGCAUAGUGGCAGCUACGCAGGUUGGUCGUCUCAAGGAUGAGGGCAAGGCCGCACCGGAGAUGAUUUCUAUGAUCAAGAGACAGAACUGUGACAGAGCGUUGGCCAAUGCUCGAACGCUGCAGGAGAUCUUCGGGGGAAACGCAGUGAGCGACGAGUAUGGAAUUGGGAGACACGUGGCGAAUCUCUUCGUGACCCAGACAUACGAGGGGCAGAGUGACAUCCACUCCUUGAUCUUGGGGAGGGCCAUCACAGGCGUCCAAGCCUUCUGCUAA